GUGAAGACUUUGGAUGAGUUCCAAAGAUGGACGCCCCCAUGGAUGAAACACUUUUAAAAUAUUCUUUGCUUUCAAGAUCACUUGUAUUUAUUUUGCAGGUUGUGUUCAAUAUCUUGAUACCAGAUCACAAUGCAGAUGUGUUUAAUCCACCGUAUGAUCAAUCUAAAGACAAUCCACUGGACACAUUUGUUCACUAUAUAUUAGGUGGAUUCAUCAGAUGGGAUGGUGUAUAUUUCCUCCAUGUAGCUGAACAUGGAUACAUUUAUGAAAACAGUUUAGCCUUUUUUCCAUUAUUUCCAUGGUGUGUUAGAAUAUUAGCCAAUAGUUUAUUUUGGCCAAUGCAAUUUGUGAUGCAGUAUAGAACAGUUCUAAUAGUAUCAGGAUUUAUUUUCAAUUUAGUUAUUUUCUUAAAAGCUACAAUUGUUUUGUACAGACUGAGUGAAAGUAUUUUGAAGUCAGAAUCUUUAGCCUAUAAGGCUACAUUGUUAUUUUGUUUCAAUCCAGCCAGUAUUUUCAUCUCAGCAUUUUAUUCAGAAAUAUUGUUUGCAUAUUUAACUUUUUCUUCAAUGUUGAAAUUUGAAGAAAGAAAAGGAAAUCAGUCAUUGAUGUUCUCAAGUUUAAGUUGUCUUUCACGUUCUAAUGGAUUAUUGACUGCUGGCUUUGAACUUCAUAGAAGAUGUCAGAAUAUUGUGAUACAUUUAUUGUAUAGUAAGAUAGACUUUAUAAACAAAAUUUUACUAGUUUUGACAGAGAUUUUGAAAGUUGUGAUAUAUUUGAUAUUAUUUUUAUUACCUUUUCUUAUGUAUCAAUUUUACAUAAGUGAUCUGUUUUGCAAUCAAAGUGGGAAGUGGAAAAUACCAGAAUUCCUCAUUCAGUAUGGAAGACAAAGGAGCUACAACUUAGUUAACAAAACAGAUUUUGAUUGGUGCAAUUAUAGAAUACCCUUUGCAUACAGUCAUGUGCAGAAUACUCAUUGGAAUGUUGGAUUUUUGAGAUACUACGAGUUCAGACAAAUUCCAAAUUUUAUCCUGGCCUUACCUGUGAGUGUUUUAUCUGUCUCAUCUGUUAUAUAUUAUUAUAGACAGAACCCAAAGAUAUGUCUGACGUUAGGAUUGAUACCUGAAAAGAACAUAGAAGACUCAGAGAAAAAUGGAUUUAUAAACAAAAGAAUGUUACCAUAUAUUGCACACUUAUUGUUUAUUACUGUAUUUGGAUGGUUUUUUAUACAUAUUCAGGUAUUAACAAGAAUGGUGUUUUCUUCAUCUCCUAUAGUUUACUGGUAUGCAGCAAUCAUCAUUUCAACAGAUCAUCAUGCACAAAAUAUGAAAGCUAGUUCUAAAAAACAUUCAAAGUAUUUUAAAAUUUGUGAUAUUAGUGAUAUUUCUAUUUUUGACUUUAGAAAUGGUAAUACACAAUCAAAGAUGAUAGUUUUAUAUUUUCUUGGAUAUUUUUUAAUCGGAAUUUUUAUGUUUUCCAACUUUCUUCCAUGGACAUAAAUUUUAAUUAUCA